UUUUGCGCAUCAGGAAUCUAAUAAAUUGCUUGUUUGAUACCGCUUCCAUUUUAAUUUCGGACCGCGGUCGUGAUCAGCAGCGUAGUUAAUAAAUUUAAAAAAUUUAGGAAACAAUAAAUAAAAAAAAAGUAAAUAACGCCUUAUAAGGACAAGGCCGAACAUGGCCGAAGUCUCAAGCUUCCUCUCUUGUAACUUCAGUGCAAAGCUACAUAUUAGUUGUUUUGACAGAAAACACUGCUUUUUAGAAGUACAUGCACCUGUUUGCUUAGAUCCUGUCAUUAGAGGGGAGCCUAGUUUUGGAAGUGCUAAUGAUUGAAGAUAUAUAUAUAUAUAGCAGAGUAAUCCUAUCCUCAGAUUCUAAUAUUAGCUACGCUGCUAGGGUGUGCGCAGUAGAUUGUAGAUUGGAAAAGAGAAAAAAAUGAAGCAGCAGGUGAACUUGAGUGAAUGGCUUUUCUUGCGCAGCAGAUAGAUAAAAAAACCAACUCCUCAUUAGUUGUUUCUGAAACCCCUCCCAACCCUCAUUUAAAACCUGUCAGAGCCCUGAAAUCUCCCCACUAGAUUUUGCUGACAUCAUCUUGUCCACUACUUCCUUCCCAAUACUGCAAUUCCUUCCACUGUGCCAGAAAACCCAAUUUCUCAUCUUUUUUAAGUCCCCAAGAAAGAAAAAAUAAAAAUAAAAAAGCUGAGGCAUAAAAGCCCAGUACUCUCUGUCUGAGGUGCAGCUGAGAACCUGCACAGAGAUUCCAGAUAUUUUGGCUGCCACUAUCAUUGCAUAGAGAAGCAGAUGGAGAUGGGAGAGAGAGAGGAGGAGGAGGAGGAGGAGGAGGAGAUAAGAAGAGAGAGAGAGAGAGAGAGAGAGAGGGAGGGGAGAUGGGCCCCCAAAAGCCUGCACAAAAAGGCAAAUGUCCCCUUGGGGAGGCAGUGUUUGGCUACCAACUAGGCAUUUGAUGGUCUCAGCACCUUCAUGCACAUGAGGAAGGACAACAUCACUUGAUAAGGGAACUUUGAACAGAAAACAGUGCCUACUCAUGAAUGUUAAAUUUGUUGUUAGGACUUGAUAGUUUUCUCCCAUAUUGCUUAAUAGUAAAGAUGCAUUAAACUAUUGGGGAUGUCAAUCUCAAUGAGUAUAACUAUUCUACUAUCUGAGAAGUUCACGGUUCAACUUGUCCGUAAGGGAGUAGCAGAAUCAACUAGUAAUAAAUAGUCUCACCUUGAGUGAUCUUUGUUUGAGAUCAAGGAACUAUCUUGCCAUUAUUCCUCUGGUUACGUUAAAAAGAUAAAUACUAUGGAGAAUGAUCUAUUCAAUGCCUCCCUAUCAAUGUCGAGCAAUAGCCAUUUUGCCAUCGAACCAUCUCUCUCAACAUUACAAGUAGAAGCGAUGGACAAUAUUUAUAUGACCCACAAUGGUCUGGUCAAUUACGAUUUACCAUUUUCUUCCACUAUGGGCCAAGAAGGAAGCGCGCCUUUUAAUGGGCCUUUCGGUAAUGAUGAUCCAAGAGAACAUUUCACGGGAACUUCACUUCCGACUGCUCCAGUGUCCAACCUUUUCGGCACUUGUUUACAAGAAAAUCCCUCUAUUUUUACAUUGGAAGACAUGAGAACUUCUAUAUCGAGUAAUAGCUGCAAGACUAUGAGUUCUUCACUUACUGCAUCAGUAAAUCGCAAUUUUGGGCCAGAAAAUGAUGACAAACUGAACGGAGAAACUGAUCGUGCAUGGAGCUAUGAUGAAAGGAUAUUUAAUUAUUUUCAUCCAUUAUAUCAUGUCGUGGGAAGCUCGGAUUCUUCGUGGAUCUUUAAUAGAUCAGAUAUGAACUUCUCUCAACCACACCAAAGCUAUGCACCAAGUAAUGAACUUUCUCUAAGUCUUGGCUCCUAUCACCCUUCUAUUAUGACCACGACUAAUAUUUCAGAUCAAAGCUCAGAAGUAAGCUACUCUGGCGUAUCCCGUGAUAGUAAAAAUGAUGGUGUGCAUCAAAACUGUUUCAACAAUGAGGAGCUUUCGCUAUACAAUGCCUCUUCUAGGCCCAUUCAUUUUUCUCGUUUAUUACUAGGAUCAAGGUACCUUCACGUGGCCCAACAAAUACUUGCUGAAGUUGCAACUUAUGCAUUACAAGAUGUUAAUGAGGCAAUGGACACAGUUUCUGGAAUUGAGGAGGAACCAAAGAUUUCUUUUAUGUCGAUUACAAAUGUGUGCUCUGAUGAGCUUCAGUUUUCUUCUGGAGAAGCCAAAUCCACAGAAUAUAUAGGUGCUCAACGACAGCACGAAGCUGACACAACGAAAAGUGAGCUGCUAACUAUGCUCCACUUGGUUGAUCGUAAGUACAGUCAAUGCUUAGAUCAGAUCCAAAACGUCGUAUCUGAAUUCAAUAAUGCUACCGAUUCUAGUGUUUCCAACAUUCACGCUCAGUUUGCUCACCAUGCGAUCACCGCCUUAUACAAGAACUUGAGAGAGAGAAUUGCUACUCAGAUUGUGUUGAUUGCUCAACAACCUAACACAAGCUGCAUUAGCGAAACGGAGAAAAGCUUUGAAUCUGCUUUUAUCCAAAAGCAGUGGGCUUUGCAGCAGCUAAAGAGGGGUGAUCAGCAAUCUUGGAGACCCCAAAGGGGCUUGCCUGAAAAGUCUGUCUCGGUUCUACGUGCAUGGAUGUUCCAGAACUUUCUUCACCCUUACCCGAAAGACAGUGAGAAGCAUUUGCUCGCCUUAAAAAGCGGUUUGACCCGGAGCCAGGUGUCUAACUGGUUUAUUAAUGCUCGGGUUCGGCUGUGGAAACCGAUGAUCGAAGAGAUGUACUCAGAACUCAAUAAGAGCCGAAGCGAAGAAGGAUCAGGGGGUGAGAAAAGAGUGCAGGGAAAUACUGGUAGUCAAAGAUUCCAAAUGAGCUAAUAGCUAGGGUUAUACCUAAUUGUUUGUGUAUAUUUCUUUUUUAGCGAAUUAUCGAUGAUGUCUAAACCCUAUUUAAUAUAUCUGCUUAUAACAAUUCAUCCUCUUUUAGCGAAUGACUGAUGAUGCUUUUAGCUGCAGUGAGCUGUGGGAUGAUUUUAUGAAAAAAGCUGUUUGAGCUAUCUCUAUGUACUUACGGAGCAUUCAUACAUAUGGAUGGUGAAGGUGGUUUUAGUCUUAACAAUUAAUA